AUGUCCUCAUCAAUUCCACCCCACCCAGCUCCUUCCGAGCCUCAGACCAAGGUUGCUCUCGAGGCCAAGGUAAUCGCUAUAACUGGUGCAAAUCGUGGAAUCGGUCUGGGUGUCGCAGAAUGUUGUCUUGUCAAUGGCGCAGCCAGAAUUUACUCCAUUGACAUCGGUGAAACCGGCGAUGACUUUCAGGCUCUAUCCGAGAGAUUUCCAAAUCAACUUUUCGCUAUCCAAGCUGACGUAACUGCUGAGUCGAGUAUAUCUGAAGCGGUCGACAAAAUCGUUGAGGAGGCCGGGGCUCUGCAUGGGAUGGUUGUGAAUGCGGGACGGACAAACCACAAGGCAGCACUAGAUUUUACGACCGAAGAGAUUGAAGCUCUCUUCUCUGUGAACCUAUUUGGAGCAUUCUACACGGCCAGGUGCGCCGCACGAGCAUUCAUAAAGCUUGGCAUCAAGGGGUCGAUCGUAUUCACAGCGUCGAUGGCUUCCUAUCGUCCAAACAAGCGCGUCCCAUCGGCCCCCUACGGCGCUUCCAAGGCUGGAAUUCGUAAUAUGACCCACACACUUGCUAUGGAAUGGGCAUCGCAUGGAAUCCGAGUAAACAGCGUCUCACCUGGACUGGUGAACACUGCUAUGACCUACUGGGUGCCUAAACAGCCAGAUUGGGAGCAGCAAUUGAAGUAUUAUGGCGGGUUUCCUCGUCUAGCUGAAGUUCAAGAGCUAGGUGGUGCAUACGUCUAUCUUUUGAGCGAUGCUGCAAGCUACACGUCCUCGAUUGAUAUACCUGUGAAUGGUGUGAUUGGGAGUAAGUAUCAUUUCCCACGCAGAACAUGGAGCGAAAAGUUGGUCAGCUAA